GUUCUUGAAGGAAGAUCUUACCGGUUGCAACAACCUUGGGUGGGGAUUGUUAAUCGUUCACAAGCUGAUAUAAACAAAAAUGUUGAUAUGAUUAUUGCAAGGCGGAAAGAACGUGAAUACUUUGCUACAAGUCCCGACUAUGGACACCUAGCUAGUAAAAUGGGUUCGGAGUAUCUUGCAAAACUUCUCUCAAAGCACUUGGAGACUGUAAUUAGGUCAAGAAUACCAAGUAUUACAUCUUUGAUUAACAAAAGCAUUGAUGAACUCGAAGCUGAGAUGGACCACCUUGGUAGGCCUAUUGCUGUCGAUGCAGGGGCUCAAUUGUACACCAUUUUGGAACUUUGCCGUGCUUUUGAUCGGAUAUUUAAGGAGCAUCUGGAUGGAGGGCGGCCUGGUGGUGAUCGAAUUUAUGGAGUUUUUGACAAUCAGCUUCCCGCUGCUUUGAGGAAGCUUCCAUUUGAUCGGCACCUUUCAAUACAGAAUGUCAGGAAAAUUGUUUCAGAGGCAGAUGGAUAUCAACCACACUUGAUCGCCCCUGAGCAAGGUUAUCGGCGGCUUAUUGAAGGGGCAUUAAAUUAUUUUAGGGGUCCAGCUGAAGCUUCAGUGGAUGCUGUUCACUUCGUCUUGAAGGAGCUUGUAAGGAAGUCAAUUGGAGAAUGUCAGGAGCUGAAGCGGUUUCCAUCUCUUCAAACUGCAAUAGCUGGAGCUGCCAAUGAAGCCUUGGAAAAGUUUCGUGAUGAAAGCAAGAAGACAACUCUUAGAUUGGUGGACAUGGAAUCUUCAUACCUGACUGUGGAUUUCUUCCGGAAACUUCCCCAGGAAGUGGAGAAAGGGGCAAACCCAGCUGCCACAACUAUUGACCGUUAUGCGGAGGGUCACUUCAGGAGAAUAGGCUCAAAUGUGUCCUCUUAUGUUAGUAUGGUUUCUGAGACACUCAGGAUCACAAUUCCCAAGGCAGUGGUUCACUGUCAAGUUAAGGAGGCCAAACAGUGUCUGCUCAAUUACUUCUAUACACAAAUUGGAAAGAAAGAGGGUAAGCAACUAGUAGAACUGUUAGAUGAAGAUCCAGCAUUGAUGGAGAGGAGGUUAGAGUGUGCAAAAAGGCUUGAGUUGUACAAGUCUGCCAGGGAUGAGAUUGAUUCUGUAGCAUGGGUUCGAUGA